CCGGACCCGCUAGCCUUCACACGGACUUGCCUGGAUCUAAAUCAGUUUGAACGAAGAACCCUUGCGACAAAUCGAACCGCAGCGCAUAAACGCAUAAGACCAUUGUUGUGACAAUUGUUGUGAACACCGCAACAUACGUGUUGCGUGCCUACCUGCAAGAUGCAUGCCAUUAGCUCGCGCAACCUAGCGCGCCGGCCGGCGCCAGCAGCGCGGCGGGCGACGGCCCACCGGCAGGUGCUGGUGCGUGCGGCAGGGCCCAAGGUGGCUGCUGAAGACCUGCUAGCGACCGCCAAGAAGGCGGCGCAGCUUGGUGCGGAGAUCGUGAUGGCCGCGGCUGACAAGCCGCGCAACAUCUCCCGCAAGGAGGGCACCGACAUUGUGACUGAGACGGACAAGGCCAGCGAGGAGGCAGUUGUGGCCGCCAUCCGCGCCGCGUUCCCCAACCAUGCGGUGCUGGGAGAGGAGGGCGGCGUGCUGGGCGACGUCAGCAGCGACUACCUGUGGUGCGUGGACCCUCUGGACGGCACUGUGAACUUCGCACAUGGCUACCAGUCCUUCUGCGUCAGCGUGGGCGUGCUGCGCCACGCCACGCCAGUGGCGGGAUGUGUGAUUGAGUUCCUGGGCGGUCCCAAGACUUGGACCACGCGCACCUUCACAGCGGCGCGCAACCAGGGCGCGUUCGUGGACGGGCAACAGAUCUUCGUCAGCCGCGUCAAGGAGCUGCGGGACGCGGUCGUGACCACGGAGGCUGUGUACUACGAGGACAUGUGGCCGCAGCUGACGGUGCUGCAGAAGGAGUUCACGGAGAGGUGCCGCGGAGUGCGCAUGAGCGGCGCCGCGGCCGCGAACAUGUGCCACCUCGCCAUGGGCUGCAUUGACGCCUACUGGCAGUACAACUUGAAGCCAUGGGACGUGGCGGCGGGCGCCGUCAUCCUGGAGGAGGCGGGCGGGCGGCUCACCACCGCAGACGGGCUGGCCUACAGCGUAUUCGACCGCUCGCUCAUCGCCACCAAUGACGCAUUGUACGAGAAGGUGCUGGCGCUGACGGAGCCGCAGACCAGCCGCAUGCUGCAGGAGGGAGUCAGCUUGUCCACCUGGUGUGUGCCCAAGGGCUACCGCGUGCGCAGCGGCGCCCAGAUGGACCGGUAGCAGUGGCAGUGGUGGUGGCGGCUGCAAGUGUACGGGAAUGGAGCUUGGAGGAGGAGGAGGAGGCAGAGGAGGGGGCAGGAACAGGAGGGAAGUGAGGACGGAAGUGCGUGCGGUGAACGUGGUCAUGUGGACUUGUGGAGGUGGAGGCAGCCAGCGUGCGGACUGGAGUCUUCAAAGGGCUGCUGACUGGAGCACGCAGGGAAGUUUUAUGUGCGUGGGUCGUGAGAUGGAGGGGGCGAGUGGCGCCUGAGUGGCCGGGCAGCUCCGCCUCAGGACUGGUGGCGGCGCUCACGCAGAUGCACUCACGCAAGUCACGGUAGCCCAGCUGUUGUGCAGUCUUGCGCGCAAACUUGGCACGGCAUGAUAUCAUUCGGGCUGCAUGUGGUUUAGAGCAUUUGUACUGCGCAGGAUGCACAUGGAACUUAUUGUAGGUGUUGCCGGCUUGAGGACAUGGACGGCACUUGGAGGAGGAAACCCGGAGGGGACAGGCGCCGGACAGGGGACACUCGGGAGCUGGGCUUCGCGAGCUGAACUCCUAGGGAGCCUCGCCCCUAGGGACUUAACGGUGAAUCGCGGAUGCGCAACGGAGGGCGCAUCGUCAACCGGAGGAUGGAAAGCAGGCCUGGCGUCGACCGUUAAGGCAGUUGGUCCAUUGGCUGCUGGAAUUUUCAUAUCGA